AUCCUGCCCUGCCCAAAAACACAUUGUUCAAAACCAUUGAUGUCAAACAAUAACAUCAACAACACAGGCGACAACAAAUUAUGCGACCAAACGACACGCCGCAAAAUCUGCAGUCUCUGUGAAAGACCAGCAACUGUUUGCUUAUGUGACUCCAUUCCGGCCGUACCACUUUCCACCUCAACACAAAUAAUAAUCCUGCACCACCCACAUGAACAGAGACACCCACUUGCCACUGUCCCUGUCCUCAACAAAUGUCUCAAAAACUGUCACAUUAUAACUGGCCGCCGUUUGCGCCGUGGUGUUUCAGCCGUUCUGGAUUCUCUUUAUGAUGAUGCUGAAGAGAAUAAGCCUGGCCAAUCUGUUCAUGCUGCCUUUCUCUUUCCCGGUACAGAUCAAACUCCUUCGAUGGAGAUCAAUGAGUGGAAAUCUUCUUUUGGGGAUGCUGAUUCAAACAGAUUUGUUUUGAUUGCUUUUGAUGGGACAUGGAAGCAUGCAAAGGAAAUGGUUUUUGCUAGCUUUCCAUUCGUGUCAAAGUUUGCCACUCAGGUAUGUUUGAGCUAUGACGUUAAUGUUGAUGGCGAAACGAUAUUCAGCUCUGCUUUAACACUUAGGAAGGAACCUUUUGGCGGCUGUAUGUGUACAAUGGAGGCUGUUGCACGGUGUUUACGAAUACUUGAACCAAAUGGGAUAGAAAUUGAGUCUAGGUUAGUCGAAGUUUUAAGAACUAUGGUUAGAUUUCAGGCUUCUUUCAUAAAACCCAUAAAUCGAAGGCCUAAGUUGUUGAAAAAGUGCAAAGAUGACGAGAAAUAAUUUAAUCCUUAUAAACUUUCAUUUUAAUUGUAUGUGCUUAAUUCUGGUUUUAUUUCA